CGUGCCGGGCUGUGCCCCACGCUGUGUGUGGUACCGGGGACACGGGGGAUCUGUGUCACCGCCGCUGCAGCCGCGACCCCGGCAUCCGCCGUGUCAGGCCUCUGCCAGCACAAAGCCCGAAUGGCUGUAGAGCAGCUGAAGAAAGGUGACGCCAGCCCCAGCACAGUGCCCCCUGUAUAUCCUUGCUCGUCCUCAGCUCCUGCCGACCCUGGGGCAUCCUGCUACCCGCUGGAUGUGCUUCAUGCCGUCCCACUACCCAGUGAGGUACCUGUGUCCCUUGGGCGCUUCUGUGUCCGGGGCUGCUUCAGCCCUUCAGUAAAACCCAUAUCCUCCAUACACCUGUAUGGCACUGCUAUGGGAUCAGGAAGACAUCGUGUGUAGACCCCACAUGCCCCUCAUGCAAGCUCAUAUCCAGGCCACCUGCCAUGGCCUCGCCCUGCCCAAUGAGGCGCCGGGGUCUGGGCAGGGUUGCCCAUGGCCAGGAGUCACUGGGCAGUGCCCAUGGAGCACCCCAGGGGUGGCUGCCUGGAGGGAGCAGUGAGCAGAUGGCAGGGCGGGCCGAGCUGACAAUCCCCUAAUCCCAUCAAUGCCGCAGGCGCUGAGCAGAGCCGAGCUGGGCCAUGGCGGGCACACGGGCACGCGGGCACCUCCUGCACCCGCUGCUCUUCCAGCUCUGCUGUGGUUGUCACGGGCUCCGUGUGUCCACGAGCACACGUAUCCUCUACACGCUCCUGCAUGUCCUGGCCUCUGCUGUGUGCUGCCUCAUGCUGUCCCGCACCGUGGCCCAGGCUAUCACGGAAAAGGUGCCCUUCUCGGUGGUGCUGUGCCAACACCUGCCCGGGGGCACAGACUGCGAGUGGCUGGUGGGCUCCUCGGCUGUGUACCGGGUCUGUUUUGGCACUGCCUGCUUCCACCUGGCACAGGCUGCCCUGCUGCUCAACGUGCGCUCCAGCUCUGACUGCCGUGCGCAGCUCCACAAUGGGUUCUGGCUCCUGAAGCUGCUGGUGCUGGUGGGCCUCUGGGCUGCCAGUUUCUUCAUCCCUGAGGACAACUUCAUCCAAGCCUGGCACUACAUAGGUGUCUGUGGGGGCUUCGCCUUCAUUCUCAUCCAGCUGGUGCUGAUCACAGCCUUUGCACACACCUGGAACAAGAACUGGCUGACAGGCGCUGCCCAGGACAAGCGCUGGUAUCUGGCUGUGCUGCUGGCCACAGCCACCUUCUACACCCUUGCCUCUGCCGCCUUCUCCUUCCUCUACAAGUUCUACACCCACCCAGCCGCCUGCCACCUCAACAAAGCGCUGCUUGCGAUCAAUGGCAGCCUCUGUGGCAUCAUGUCCUUCAUCUCCAUUACGCCAUGCAUGCGGCUCAAGCAGCCGCGGUCAGGGCUGCUGCAGUCCUCGAUCAUCAGCUGCUAUGUGAUGUACCUCACCUUCUCUGCACUGUCCAGCCGUCCCCCAGAGAGAGUGCUCUACAAGGGGCAGAACCUCACCGUGUGCUUCCCGGCGGUCCAGCAGGAUGAGCUGCAGACAGAGGACACCACCGUCGCCGUGCUGGGUGCUGCUAUCAUGUAUGCCUGCGUGCUCUUUGCAUGCAAUGAAGCCUCCUACCUUGCUGAGGUCUUUGGGCCCCUCUGGAUGGUCAAAGUCUACAGCUUUGAGUUUAAAAAACCUUCCUGCUGCUUCUGCUGCCCUGAGAAUAUGGAGGAGGAGCUGAAAGGUGACUGCAGUGUCCGUGUGGGAGAGUGGGCAGAGCCUGUGUCCCAGCCUGGGAGUGCUGGCAAGGGAGGGAUGCAGGAGCUGUCAUGCCCCCACACUCUCCCAGACAGCAACCAUACAUGUGAGCAAGUGGAGGAGAGUGCCAGGGGACAGUUCAUCAUCCAGGAUGAGCAGGACCGGGUGGUCUACAGCUACUCAGCUUUCCACUUUGUCUUCUUCCUUGCCUCGCUCUACGUUAUGAUGACACUCACCAACUGGUUCAGCUACGAGAAUGUGGUGCUGGAGACCACCUUCACGCAUGGCAGCUGGUCAACCUUCUGGGUGAAGGUGUCCUCGUGCUGGGUUUGUGUCCUGCUCUACCUGUGGCUGCUGCUGAGCCCCUUCUGCCUCCAUGGCUCCCCACAGCACCGGUGCGGCAGUACAGGGUCGCGCAUCGUGCGGCGCCGACGUGCUCCACAGCGCAUCAACGUCUCCACAUAGUCCCUGCCAGGACAAACUCUGCCUGGGGCUGGUCCCUGCCGUGCCCUGUGCCUGUGCCCUGGCCCUGCUUGGUCCUCCUGGCCUCCCCUGAGACCCCAUCCCAGGAGAAAGCAGCAUCUGAGAGCCUGAGGGGAACCCUGGGAGGUGGAUGCUGCCUGGGAUACUGGCCCUGUGCUGAGCCAGGGCCACCCAAAGAGCCAGAGCAAGCUGGUGGCAGGUGCUCAGCCCACAGCCUGGUUGCCCUGGUUCCAUGGGGUGCACUGGGGGAGCAGGGCUCUGUCCCAGCUGCCAUGCCAUGGUGCAUUCACUGUAAAUACCUGCUUCAAUACAUUUUUAUAUAAAAUUCUGAACUGA